GGGUCUCGGAAGAAGUAGGUUGAUGGACGCAAAAGCUUACCAGCAAAGGAAUCGCGUAUUUGGUCCGGGCCGAUUAGCUAUGCACGCCUAGUACCCCUUGCAAUCCAUAUACUCUACUAAAUCUUGACAGCAUGCAAAUGAGGGAUCAGUCUUUUUUCUAAACAAAAGAUGAUAGAUUACAAUCAGUAGCGAAUCUUAUCGUGCAAGGGAAGGUUUUGUUCUCCGCGAGACUAACGACUAGAUUUUGGCCGGAAAAUGCUAUUUGAAGCCCUCGGGAAAGUCUCACGACAAUAUGCGAUACCAGGUGCUCGAGGAUCCAUCUAGUAGGUGUCAAAGAGUUCAAUCUUACUCCGCGGAGAUACUGCGAUUCUCGGUCUGGGAGCUUUAUCCUCGUGAACUUGGACCUGUAGCCACCGCGAAUGGAGUCGAGAUAUUAACUGGAAUUUAAAGAGCAAGGACGGAGGCGUCGGAAAAUCAUAGUUUAAAUAAAAACGCGCAGCAAGGGAUUAAAAACUGAAAAAAGUGGAUUAAUGAAAAGUAAGAGCUUUGCGAGACGCAAGGGGAGACAAAACAGCAAUGUGCAUUUUUCUCUAAAAAACAAGGUUUGGUAAUUUUAAUGGUUAAUGGUCGUUGGUUGGUCGUUAUUAGUGCGUAAAUGUGGAUGGUACAAUUAGGAGAAAAGGUGGUUUGACGGAGUUGACAGUUGAUAUACCGCUGCGAUAGCAGUGACGAUAGUAAAGUCCCCGGUUCAUUUUGUCGACGCUACGUGAACCAGAGCACAAUAGACCGUUAGCAGCGAGAAAACAACACAGUCGGAGCAAUACAAACGCUGCGUGUAUCUGAAAUAAUAGAAAGCAGACGCUUCAACGAUUCUAGCGAUUCCUUCAAGGAUAAAGGGUCAAUUUGCUUAAGACAAGAUCGGAUUAAACUCGUUUGGUGGAUCAACUUUGACCAAAUGGUAGAAUCGUUAGUCGUGUAAAACACAAGGCAUAACUUGUACGGAAUAAUUCAUUAUAAGGAAGAACAAGUUCAGAGAUAAACAUCGCCGAAUGCAAAGCUGAGGGGAAGCUACCUUUUAGGUGCAACUCGAUAAUUCAAGAGGUACAAUUCGGAAAGAAAGACGAGGACGGACUCAUUAAACUUGUAUUUCAAGAAAGAAGACUGAUCGUAAGAAGCUGAUACGUGGUUAAGACCAAUUGUUUUUUUAUUAUUAAUCUAACGCCAGUAAAUAGCAAGACAAUCUUUUGAGAGUUUGCAACGAUGGAUAUUCCAAGGAAUUACUCGCAAACCUUGUACAACUCGGCAAGUAACUCGUUAACUCACAACAACUCGACUGGCGACUCGUUUACCCUCAACAACUCGACUAGCAUUUCGCUGGCUAGUCCAUUUUGGUGCGUAGCCUUUGCCUGUCAAGGAAUCCUUAUUCUUUUUAGCAACAUCGUUACCAUAGUAACCUUCUGGCUAAACAAACAUUUGCGCAAGCGCAGUGUAUUCCUACUCAUCAAUCUCUCGGUGGCGGACUUCCUGGUUGGCUUGUUACCAGUUCCUCUUUAUGUCUACUUUGUCGGCGUAGGUUCUGGGUUCUGGCCGCCCCCGUCACCAGCUCUCCAGAACAUCCUCACCCACAUCUUCACGUACGUCGACAUAUUCCUUGGCCUCACGUCUAUAGUAACGCUGGCGUGUAUCUCCCUGGAGCGCAUGCGUGCCACAGUCUGGCCAUUACGUCAUCGAAUGACGACGAACCGUAUGUACAGCGGUGUAAUCUGUCUGACGUGGGUUUUUGCGGCGCUCAUCGCGAGCCUGGCGACCUACAUCAAGACGUCGCACGUGGAGUAUGAUAUAUAUGCCGCGUGGAUGUCUGUAUCAAUCUUGUUGGUCUCCCUGUGUAUUAUCUUGGUCUCCUACUCCUUUGUGUUCGCGAGCUUUAGGCGCUCUGGCAAGCGAAACCGGAGCGUGGGUCACGUGAACAAAACUAUUUACCGCGACAACAGGCUUGCGAUCACCCUCUUUCUAGUCACGAUAGCCUCCCUGCUAGCGUGGGUACCCUUUGUGGUGCUCAACGGGAUCUAUUACUACACGGAUAUAAAGUUUACAUACACGGUCCAGAACGUGGUAAAACUACUGCACUAUAUGAACUCCUUGAUCAAUACGGUGAUCUACGCGAGCAGGAUGGCGGAAUUCAAGCGUGCUCUAUUCCACUUCAUGUUUAAAUGCUCUAGGCUCAACGAGGACAGCCCCCCACCCACCACAAAGAUACCGUUGAGCACAAGAAACGGAGACACGCCCGGGGAUACCGACAGCGAGAGAGGGAGUCCUGUCCUGAGCAUGCGCACUAGAAGCAAGGCGGAGAGACUUCGGUUGUUGCUGCACACUCGAAAGUGUGAUCAUUAGUGGUUUGGCGAAGCGGUCGCCUUUGAACCCAGAUAACGUAUCGUGGUACUUGAGUGAUAUAUGAAUAGGCACAUUCGUUAGCGCAAGGACGUCCGGCUAAAGUGAGUCGGUAUGUAAACUCUACAAGAACAUUAUGACAGAAAAGAAUUAAAGAAUGUCGAUCACGCACUCGUUUGGUAUUUUUUAUAAUUGUUAAUACAACGGUUUAUUUGCAAGGAAACUUCAAAAUAACAAUCUACGAAUGAAGUAUAUCUGUUUGAAAAUAUCUUGGUUACUCGCUUGAAUUAGCCGAUAUAAAUGAAUGCUUUGUGUGACUCGUCAUUUAGCGGGAGAAUAAAAUGGCGACGUGAUUGGGCGACGUGAUUGGCCGCCCGGAUAAAGCCUGUGGUUCUGACUGUGGUUCAACUAAUCUUUUACUGCCGCAAAGAAAAGUGAAAAUGAAAUAGCAUUUCAGUACCAAAUCCACAUGAAUAACUGUGAAAUUGAUUUCUCAAUACUGAAUUCUUCAAUACAAAUGGCUGCAUUCGAUUGCUAAAGAAUAAAAAAUAAUGGCAACAAAAGGUGUAGCUGAAAAGGUCUUUAAAAAGAUGUCUUAUUCACCAGUAAGGACGACGAACAAUAGCACGAAGAACAAUAGCACGAUAAUAAAGCAGUUAAGUUAAAUUUGUUAAAGUAUGUAAAUAAACGAUAAUUUUUUUAAGAGAAAA